UAAGUAGUAACCAUUUCAUUCUUCAUUCCAAUUACAUUACAAUUCCUUCAUAAGUUGUUUUGUUUCCACCACCAUGACAACAACCUACGGCACAAUCCCAACCUCCCCAACACCACCAAAACUCGAAUACAUAACACGCGGAAAACAAAGAAUCAAAGCCGGCUUAGGUACUCGUCGACCAUGGAAAACCAUGUUCGACAUCCGGUCACUCGGCAUCCCCGCCCGCGGCGCACCAGAAGCAAUUUCACGGAUUCGUGACAACAUCUCCUAUUUCCGCAUGAACUACACUAUGGUGAUGCUUUUGAUUUUGUUUCUGAGCCUUUUAUGGCACCCUUACUCGCUCAUUGUUUUUGUUCUUCUAAUGGCGGCGUGGCUGUUCCUCUACUUUCUCCGUGAUCAGCCGGUGAUUAUAUGGGGUAGACUUGUUGAUGAUCGACUUGUGGUUGUUGUUAUGGCGUUUGUUACGGUGGCGCUGUUGCUUCUUACACACGCUACUGUGAAUAUUGUUGCUGCGGUUAGUGUUGCGGUUGUGGUUAUGGUGGUGCAUGCGGUGUUUAGGAGGACGGAGGAUUUGUUCUUUGAGGAGGAAGAACAAGUUAUUGUGUCUGUUGCUUCUUGAUUCUGCUUUGUUAAUCAUUCAAUUAAUCUUUUGCUCUUGUUUUAAUCUUCAUUUUAUUGUAUGUGGAUUAAGUGAAAUAAAAAUGGUU